AUGGACAUCUCACUUGUCUUCACGACACCUCGGCCGACCGGGAUUGAUCUAAGUGAGAACAGGACGCCCAAGGAGAAUUCUGUCGUCAUUGCAAUAUGUGUUAUUGCUGCAUUGGCUGUGGGUCUUCGGUUCGUGGUGAGGAUAUACUACCAGCGAUUGAGGCCCGAGGUCGAUGACUGGUUGAUUGCGGCGUCGCUUGCUCCUUUGACAGGAUUACUUGCUGCUGCUGUGCUUUGCGGAGAACAUGGCUUGGGCAAGCAUAUCUGGAGCGCGUCAUUUGAGGACUUGGUUCUUUUGCGAAAGACACUCUUUGCAUACCUAUUGAUCUAUCUCGCCGAACUUCUCCUCAUCAAAGUCUCGAUAUUGAUGUUUUACCGCCGAAUAUUCGGCAUGAACUGGUCGAUUUGGGCCUGCCUCUUCAUCAGCUAUGGCUGGGCCCUCGGAAGCAUGAUAGCGACGAUAUGUGUCUCAGAUCCAGUCUCAUACUUCUGGGCCCAAGGAAAAAACACAAGAACCGGCAAAUACAGGUUCAACUUUUACAACUAUCUCAUCGGGAACGCAGCCACCAACGUCGUGACAGACGCAUUGAUCUUACUCGUUCCCAUACCAAUCGUAUGGAGCCUAAAGAUGCGAACAAUCCAAAAAGUCGGAGUAUGCAGUGUCCUUCUAUUAGGCGUUAUCGCCUGCAUCGCAAGCAUGGUCCGAAUCCACUACCUAACCUACCUAAAAACAAGCAUCGAUCUGACAUGGGUCAUGAGCGAUAUAUACGUCUGGUCAAUUGUGGAACCAUGCAUCGGAAUAGUCUGCGCCUGCCUGCCUGCCCUACAACCAUUCAUCCGGCUAAUAGCGCAGAAGCUAUCAAGCAUACCGAUCCGCCGAGGACGGGGUAUAAAUAACCUCCGAAAAUUUCCAUCAAAGCAUAGUCACAGUCAGGCUUCCAGUUCCCACAGUUUGUUUUCUACGCGCAGUCCGCUUCCUUUUACUCAAUAUGAUGAUGAUCGGACUGGGCUUGCUACUUUCACCACGAGGGUUGAGAUGGUUAAUCAGAAGGAGAGGGAUAAGUUGGAGAAUGGGUUGAAUCCUAUGGCUAUUCGGGUUCAACAGGUUGUUCAUUGGAGUGUUAAUUAA